GGCGCCGUGCUCGAUGUCAGGCGUGACAGACGACGAUCUUUUGCGGGGAUCGCCGUUGCAACGGUGCCAUCUGGUCCAUACUCCCAAGGAUCCUGUUCUUCACAUCUCUAUAGUCAUACAGAGUCCUACAGUCUAACUUGUCUUUGUACGGGCUGCGAAGUAUAUAUCUAUCUAAGGAUCAUCCCGUGGAAGCAUUUAAGUUGGAGCAUCUGCCCGCUUCAUCAGACCUAUAUCCGAGCCCAACAGAGAGCAUCAUCACAUCAAUCCUGGCAUCUCCACAACGCAAUGCUUGCCUUCACGUUUUCACUCUCGCUCCUGAGUAUGACUAGUCUCGUAUAUGCAGCACCAGCGCCACCCUUGAGCCCGCCAGCUUUCUACUUGGUCACCACGGCACAAAAUGCAGCUAAAUCACCAUCAUCACAACUCGCGGAGGUCUCUGCGCUGUCCCUAUUCGAUCCGUUCUCGCAACCAAACUACUUGGUGCGGACCAUCGAAGCUGGCUACGGCUCUCUCCCAGCAUUCACGCUGACGAAAGGCCGACUUCAUACAACCAGCCUAGGACCUCAUGGAAUAGGCACAUUUGUAUUCAAUUCCACUGAUAUAGGAGACGAUACGGAGCUCCAGUUUGUUGCGGAUGCAGAGAGUACGAAAGGCAGGUUGGCGUUGUACAAGGGUUACUUGCUCACUGUGGCUGGGGAUAACGGGGGCUGGACGAUCUGUCCUGGGGUUUUGGGCCAGGAUGUGAUCAAGUGGAGAGGGACUGCUACGGGCUGUAGGAAGACAUAUGUCCAUGCUGUGAGAGAUGCGCCGUAUUAGGCUCGUCAAUCGAGCAGAAUCAUUCUGAUGUCCGGAGAUGCAAGCACUUGGAUAUGUCGUGCCUCUGAAAGGUUUCGAC